AUGGAGGUGCAUCACAGAUCUGUAAAAGCUGUGGCAGGCUAUAUUGCCAGUGUAUUGGUUGAGACAUAUCUCAUAACCCAUCCGCACCUUGACCAUAUCGCAGGCCUUAUCGUGAAUACAGCCGGCCUAUUAGGUACACGACCUAAGAGGAUUGCAGGUUUGCCUUCCACUAUCGAUGCACUCAAAGAACAUAUCUUUAAUAAUAUUAUUUGGCCCAACCUCUCAGAUGAAAGUAAUGGGGCGGGUCUCAUUACAUAUUUGCGAUUAGUCGAGGGUGGAUCACCAGCUCUUGAUAACGGUGAAGGCAAAGGCUUUGUUGAGGUAUGUGAAGGACUUCAGGUAAAGACAUGGUGUGUAAGUCAUGGUCACUGUUUCGAAAAGCAUGAUCAUCGAGGAUCAAUAACAGGAAUUUCAUCCAUUUCCGAGUCUCCACACCGGCAAAUUCACAAUAACUCAACAACUGGUCAUUCAGCAGCAGAGUCAAGUAGAAGGGCAUGGAGGGACGCAACUAGAGAUCGAGUCUGUGUCUACGAUAGCUCGGCUCAUUUUAUCCGAGAUAUUGCGACUGGCAGGGAAAUAUUAAUAUUUGGCGACGUGGAACCAGAUUCAAUAUCACUCUGGCCUCGAAAUCGUCAUGUAUGGAGUGAAGCUGCCCCCAAAAUUGUCGCAGGAAAGCUCAAGGGUAUCUUCAUUGAAUGCUCUUAUGAUGAUACGCGAACAGUCAACAUAUUAUUCGGACACUUAGCGCCUCGCUAUCUCAUCGAAGAGAUGAAGGUUUUAGCGACAGAAGUCGAGCAACUUCGAACGAAAGAAAAGCGUAAACGAAAGCGUGAUAGCGUCAGCGGCGCCAAACAGAUACGACGCAAACCACAAUCUGAAAAUACUGAAACUGCCCCAUCUGAUCUCAACCCUGCCAAACAUGAACCCAAUGGCAACUCCGAUCGGCCUGUCGAGGGCAUUUCGUCUUUAGAGGAGCAACCACUUCAGAAUAAGAGCUCUCUUUCCGAUAUUUCCAACUGGCCAGGCGAUGAACCGCCAUUGAAAAGCAUCAAAGUUAUCAUUAUUCAUAUCAAAGAAAGACUAGAGGAUGGCCCUAAUGUCGCUGAUACUAUCUAUAACCAAUUGUUAGAGCAUGAAAAGCAAGCCCAGCUCGGGUGUGAAUUUAUUAUUUCAAGUAUGGGUCAAUCAUUGUAUUUUUAA